AUUCCUGCAGAAUGCGGCGGGAAAAGUGCUUCUUUUCCUGCAGAAGACUUUCACUUCCCGCGUGAAAAUGUUUCAUUUUUCCCCCAGGAACUUGCGGAAUCACGCUCGUUUUUUUUCACUGGGUAGGCUUUAUUUAGUUUCAGUGAGUUUAACAUUAUAGCAAAAGUUUCGCCUGAAAGUUUUCUAUCUCCUGUGAUGGUGAGAAUACUUUCAAGAAACAGUAGAACUUGUUAUCCAUGAUUUCAGAUGGAAACGACCGAGAACGCGUUUCAGAAAAAAACUUAGCAUUUUUAAUAAAAAAAGCGUUCUAGACGAAGUGGACUGCGUUCUUUACCGUUCCAUUUUCGAAUACGUUCCACAUUUUUUGAACGUGUUUUUUUCUUAAAAAAAGCUAAGUUUUUUUCUGUGAAUAUUUUUCACUGGGAUGGGGAUAUAAGAUAAGACUUUUAUUUUUUAAAAAUGAAUACGAACAAUAUCAAUUUCAAAUAACAGAAAUUCAUCUACAUGUGCUAGAUAAGUUAAUACGAUUGAGAGCACGACUCUCCUACAGUCGUGCUCUUGGUUUUAGAGCAAAGAGAACAGGUGAUGAACGACUUAGAGUCGAAUCAACAAGAAUUAGAAAUGUAGUACGUAGUGAACUCAAACAAUUUAGACAAAGUCAAUUAGUAAAACAAUUAGCAGAAAGACAUAAACCUGGAAGAGAUUCAAUGAUAUUUUGGAAUAGAACAAAAAAACAAUUUAGAAUCUGCUCUUCGUCUCUACGUGGAUUUUUACUGCUCAGUGGUGAAAUGGUAAAAUCGAAAAUGGCUGAUUUAGCCGCUGAUUAUUAUGAAAAGCUCUUUGAAGAGCCUGUUGUAUAUAGACCGCAUCCGUAUGUCGACAUCCCCUAUGAUGUAUAUGAGGAUAGUCAAAGACAAAUACCUCUGGUAACAUAUCCCGAGAUACUCAAAGUAUUAAAGUGGAAGAAGAAAAAACGUUCGUGCGAUAUACAUGGUCUCUCGCCAUUCAUUCUUGGUAAAAUGCCCGAAAAUUAUUGGCAUUUAAUGGUAGAUUUAUACAACCACUCCUUUCGAACUUGUCAAAUGCAAAGCAAAUUAAAAAGACAAGGAAUUCCGAUUCCAUAUGUUAAUUGGAUACAUACUUGGUUAAUAAAAAGGCGCGCUGUCAUUGAGAUCGCGGGUGUCAAAUCUAGGUGGUUUGAAAUAAUGAGAGGUGGUCCUCAAGGAUCCAGUUUUACUGCUACUCUAUUCAUCACCUACCACGCAGAUAUGGAAUAUUUCAUCCCAGAAGCAAUGUCCUUUUUGUUUGCCGACGAUUUAGCUGCUGUACUUGCUGGACAAAUUGGAAUUAAAUUUACGCAACAGUGUAUAGAUCUUGAAAAAAGAUUACAUAUCUUCUUCGAACAAUUAGAAUUUUAUGCAGUAUUAACUGUACAACGGAUCAAUUGCAUCAAAACAAAAGGCAUGUUUUCAGCACGUGCAAUUAAUUACCCGAACCCAAUGCCUGAUAUCAGAUGUGAGAAAAAUGAGAUUGAAUGGGUCAAAGUAUUCAAAUACCUUGGCUAUUGGUUAACAACGAAGUUAGGAUGGGGAAAUAUGAUAAACCAAGCGUGUAAGAAAGCUCGUCAGCAAACUGCAAUGAUCAAUUCUAUUAGAGUUAGUGGCACAACAUCCAUUUCGCUACGAAUAGCAUCAUUCUCAACCUUUGUUAUGCCCUUCUUUACUUGGCUAUUUGUUCUUUAUCCGCUAUUUACCAACUGCCAACGUUUGACACUCAGCCACUUUUACUAUACAUCGCUGAAACGUGUCUAUCACUGCUUACAGUGGGAAGAUCUCUAUUUCUCCUAUACAUAUGAUGAAAAGUCACUAGACGAUCAUUGUUAUAAUUACUGGCUAAAGUACCUGAAUUCUCUAUCACAAUCGAAUGACGGACGUUUGUUAGAUGAGCAAUCUGUUACUAAUAGGCAUCGUUAUAUAUGGCAAGAGAAAAGGGAGUCAAUAAGAUGCCUGAGAAUGUCAAAGCGAUUCGUCGAACA